AUGCCUGUAAGAUCACAUCAUGGUCAUGGUGGCCACGGCAGCAAUACGGAUUGGAGCCUGAGAAGCAAUCAGCGCCGCAAGCUUCACUCCAUGCUCAAUGGAGCAACGGCGUUGGCCAAAGUUGAUAAUGACAUUGAAGAGCCAAACGAAACUACUCGCGUGGUCGACAAUGACGGCCGCAAAAUAACCUUUGAAUUGAUGAAGAGCGUGACAAAGCGCCCAACUACCAGUCGGAAAGAGCGCAUGGCAUCCGAAUGGCUAAAUAUCAACGUUCACAAGAGCAGAUACCUUGGACGAAUUGGCCAUCGUUGCCAGCGUUGGUUGACUUCGAAGGAUCCGAUUUACCUAACAGGCCUCUAUCUUGUCGUAUACUUAUCCAUGAAUGCUAUCUUUGCGGCCGCUUGGUACCUCCUUGAUCGGGAAGGCCGAUGUUGCGGCGAUGGCACAAUGACGUAUGCCCAAGUCUUUGAUUUUGCAGUGCAAACCUCGUCUACAAUUGGAUACGGAGGAUAUUGGCCGAAGGGUUUUCUCAAUAAUGCCUUGGUUGUUGUUAUCACUAUAUUUUCUAUCGUUCUGUCCACAGUGUACGCUGGCCUCCUUUUCUUUAAAUUCAUUACUCCUCAGGCUAAUAUUGAAUUCAGCGAAGUGGUUGCCAUGUCCAAUGUCUUGGGGGAGCCCUGCCUUGAGGUUAGAAUUGGAAAUGCUGACGGGAGGGCAAAUUCCUUGAUCAAUGGAGAAGCAAACUUGUGGAUUACCUCCGUACAAGAAUAUCGAGCUCCUGGCGAGUUUUCCAAGCGCAAGGUGGUACAAACGGAAAACUUGCAUCUGGCAGUGAGUCAGGUACCAAAGGUGAACGGUGUGUGGACCAUUCGCCACUUUAUUGACGAAAACAGUCCUCUGUACGGGCUGCGCUUGGAUGAGUUCCCCGCGACUACCAUCUACUCAAUAAAUCUUAACUUCAAGGCAAUCCAAGUGAUCACCAAGGGCGAAAUUUUUGCUCAAACCAGAUACCAAGUACAGGAUAUCAUGGUUGGGCAUUGCUUUGAAGAGCAUUCCAUAUGGGAUCCCAAAACAAGAACGGGGUACCAUGACUAUGCUAAAUUGAGCACGACAAAGCCUUCCUUUGUCUGGUAUCCCAAUCCUGCAAAAAUAAACGAGUAUGAUGGUAUCCACUUGACAGCUCCUAGCUGGAACAGUCAAUCGAAGCAAAAGCAGGAGCCAACGUCAGAACGCGACGACAUGCCUGUAUGGAAGAGACAAUCGACCAUGGCGGCGUCAGAACGAUGGUAA